AUGGGCGACGACACAGACACCGGCCAAAAGGAGCCUAAGACCCCAGUCACGCCCAUGCCAGUUGAUCCAGAUGCCGUCACGACGAGCUCUCUACAGGCUCUUCAGUCGGCGGACCAGCGUAGGGUCAUGGACAUUGUGGACAAGCUUCGCCCUACUGGUCUGAGCGGAGUUGUAGAACUGCCUCAGCUCAUUGUCUGCGGUGACCAGUCAUCUGGCAAAAGUUCAGUGCUAGAGGCGAUUACUGAGAUCCCUUUUCCUCGCAAGGAAAAUCUCUGUACGCGUUUUGCGACUGAGAUCAUUCUCCGCCGCUCCCCAGCUUCGACGAGUACUGUCACGAUCACACCUGAUAAGCUGCGCCCAGAGGCUGAACAAGCCAAACUCAAGGGGUUCACCAAGUCUAUCCAGAACUUCGAUGAGCUCCCGGAUGUGAUUGAAGAAGCGACUCUUGCCAUGGGUCUAGGUGUUGUAGGCGGUAUCAGCUCUAGAGCGUUCUCUCGUGACGUCCUCUCUGUCGAGAUUACGGGUCCUAGUAGACCUCAACUAACUCUUGUUGAUCUUCCUGGUCUUAUCCAUGCGACAAACAAGGCCCAGACGGAAGCAGACAAGGAGCUGAUCCUGGAUCUCGUUAGCCAGUACAUGAAGAACCCGCGUACCAUCAUCCCAGCGGUAGUGAGUGCAAAGAACGAUUUCGCCAACCAAAUCAUCCUCGACCAUUGCCGCAAGAUCGAUGAACAAGGCCGCAGCACUCUCGGCAUCAUCACCAAGCCAGACUUUCUUCACGAGGGCACCGACAACGAGUUGAGCUGGAUCGAACUUGCCCAGAACAAAGACAUCUAUCUCGAGCGCGGCUGGCACAUGUUGAAGAACCGUGCUGAUAAUCAAAUGAACUUCUCGUUUGAACAGCGCAACAAAGACGAAGCUCUGUUCUUCAGCAAAGGCCGCUAUGCCGAACUCCCUCGCGAAUGUGUGGGCAUCACCUCCCUCCGCGAGCGUCUCAGCAAAGUCCUACUACACCACCUAAUUCGCGAGCUCCCGUCACUCAAGGAAGAAAUGAUGGCCAAGUACCGCGCCACAAUGGACGAGAUUUCCAAUCUGGGCGAAAAACGUAACACCAGCCACGAGCAACGCGUCUUCCUCAUGAAGAUCAGCAUGAAAGUAAACGACAUCCUGAAAUCCGCUACAAAGGGAUACUACGAAUCGCCUUUUUUCGGCACCAUCAACAAAGACGCCGCCGUCGACUCUCCAGAAAACAUCCGUAGAUUCCGCGCCGUGGUCCAGCACCUCAACAUGGGAUUCGCAAAGGACAUGCGACUCCGCGGUCACAAGUACAACUUCGAAGCCGGACCCGGUGACGACGAGCGGGAUAGCAGGGAAGCCGCGGAAGCCCAAAAGGAACUCGAGCGCGAACUCAAACAGGAAAAGAACGGCGCCACAGCUCUUCCUGUACCCACAAAACUAACCCGCGCAGAAGCAGUGCAAUGGGUCAAGAAAACCCUCGAGCGCUCCCGCGGCUACGAACUCCCCGGAACCUUCCAGCCCGUCCUCAUCUCCCAGCUUUUCUGGGAGCAAUCCUUACCGUGGGAAGAUCUUGCAUCCCUGCACAUAGCCAAGGUAGCGCAGGUGCGUCGGGACUUCAUUGACGUUGUGCUCGCCGACUGCGUGCCCGAAGAGUUCAAGGAGCGGCUUGUAGCGCUGAAUGUGGAUGCGGCGCUGAGCAAGUCUUUGGAGGAUGCGCAGGAGGAGCUGGGGAAGGUGCCGAGGGAUAAAGCUAGGCAUCCGUCGACGUAUAAUUAUUAUUUUACGGAGAGGAUUCAGAAAGUUAGGGCGAGGAAGCAUCAGGCGCUUAGUAAAGCCGCGGCGUCAGCGUCCGAAGUCGUGAUUCCGGAUGCGAAGGAGAGGCCGCAGGUGUAUCUUGAUACGACUAAGUUGGCGGCGCAGCUGGAGAAGUCGAUUGAGCUCGAUAUGGAUACAUUUUCGAGCCAGGAGGCGCUGCAUAUUCAGCGGGCGUACUACAAGGAUGAGCUCGGGUACUUCAUCAAUACUGUCGCGAAGGCGGUGAUUGAGCGGCAUUUGGUGGAGCCGUUGCCUGAGAUCAUUCUCUCUCCCCUGGUGGUGACGUAG